UGGGGCGGUGCGGGCGAGGGGCGGGGGGUCCCUCCCUCCCCGUUUUAUUCCCGUUUGCGCUUCCUUCUCCUCUUACUCCUUCCUUUUGUUCUUGCUCUCUCUCUCAGGUUCGCCCCCCGCGUCCCUCUGCCGUUGUUACCCCACCCCUCGCUCCCUCCCGCGCCCCGCCCCCUCCUGGCACUGCGGAGCCGCAGACGUGACCCGAGCGGACUCGCUUCCCCGCAGCUCCAGCCUCUCGCCGUAGAGUCGCAUGUCCUCGAUCCAGAACCUCCAAUCCUUCGACCCCUUUGCUGAUGCAACAAAGGGUGACGACUUACUCCCGGCGGGGACUGAGGAUUACAUUCAUAUAAGGAUCCAGCAACGAAACGGAAGAAAGACACUAACAACUGUUCAGGGAAUUGCAGAUGAUUAUGACAAGAAGAAACUUGUGAAAGCUUUCAAAAAGAAAUUUGCUUGUAAUGGUACUGUGAUUGAACAUCCUGAAUACGGUGAAGUUAUCCAGCUGCAAGGUGACCAGAGGAAGAACAUUUGCCAGUUUCUCUUGGAGAUUGGCAUUGUCAAGGAAGAACAACUGAAAGUUCAUGGUUUCUAAUAUACCUGUACACUUAUGAAGAACCCUGCAGUAUUGGUCUUACCUAACCUGGCUCUUCUGUGAAAAAUGAAUCUUUGCAGUGAAUGGACUUCCCUGUUACCUGAACAUUUACAAUUUGAUUCAGAUUUGCAUGACUGCAUGAAACAGGUGGUGUGUAGACUAGAAACACAUAAGAAAACUUCAGUAAGGUGGUAACAAAGACACUUGUGAACUUUACCACAUUUCCAAUGGAAAUGUAUUAGUGAUGAUUGUUCAGUUUAGUACUCUCCACCUGACUUAAAUGUGUGAGUUGUAUUCAAAUAGUGUGUGUUGUUGCUUAAAAUAAAAGUUUGUUCAUAUGUUUUCUGGCA